AAGAGAAGAGAAACUUGCGAGGAUUUCAAAAACGAGAGACAUAGAAUUAGAUGUCUAAAGUCUGUCUUCCAGAUAGCUAUUAGAUCAAUUAUCUUUCACCGACUAUGGACAACCUCAACUCCUCCAACACCUCCAGCUUGGACCCCACCUCCCCGGAUUCGGGCCGCCUGAUUUCGAGCAUCGUCCUGGGGUUGUGCUGUGCGUUGGGCCUCCCUGGUAACAUAGCUGUCCUGGUGUUCAUCCUGCGCGGCUCGUCCCGACGCCCCAACUUUACCCUGUGCCUCAUACUGAACCUGACGUCCUCCGACAUCUUAUGCCUGGCCACUGUGCCCAUGUGGAUUUAUUCUCUCCUGCACGGCUGGACUCUGGGCAGUGCCACCUGCAAGCUAGCCACCUUCCUGCUCUACCUCAGCCUGUACGCGAACGUGCUAACGGUCACUCUACUCGGUGUCCAGCGCUGUCUCCAGGUGUUAUACCCGCAAAUGUGGAACCGGCUGGGGCGCAAGGGGAAGGCGGCGCUGGUCCUGGCCCUGUGGGGGCUCGCCUGCGCCCUGACUGCCCCCGCCGUGACCACUCGCUAUGUGGGUGAUGGCGAGCUCAAGUGCCGGAGACACAGUGAAUCCGAUGCUGAAAGAGCAGCGGUCCUCGUCUUGGAGACCUUUCUGGGGUUUGUGGUCCCAUUUUUUGUGCUGGUCACGUCCUACUGCUGCCUCCACUGGCGGGUGAACCAGACGGCGCUGUUCAACAGCGCCAGGUUGACGCGGCUGGUCACCAGUGUGCUGGUCGCCUUCUUUGUCCUCUGGGUCCCCGUGCACAUUGUCAACAUGGUGGACAUUGCCGGCAUGAUGCUGCGGGCUUCCCGGCCAGAGGCGUCGGCAGUGCUGCUGCGCCACAGGAGCGCGGCAGCACGUGUCGUCCGGAGCUUCACAUUUGUCAACAGCUGCCUGGACCCCUUCCUGUACGCCUUCGCCUCACGGAGGAACUGGAAGUAGCCCAAGCGGGAAGCAGGCCACAAAGAUCUGAAUUCGUCCUCUGCAGGUGCGACAAAAGGGAUGUGGCUGGCAUGCCAACCCAUAACUCUAACCCUACCCAUAACCGUAACAAGUCCUUUCACCCCUGCUAUUUGUCCUCAACAAAACCCGCAUUAUUUGGUUGCUGAAUCUGGGUCUGUUUAGCCUUUACUUUUUGUGUAUCCAUAGAUCGCCAAAGGGACUAAUCUAGGCUACCCUAUCUCCCUUCAAGCUUGACCACUGUUGGUGAAAUCGAAAAUGAUAUUGCUUCCGUGAGCUUUCUCAUGCAUAAAUAAAUUGGUAAUGUUUUCAUGAUUAACUCGAUUUUUCGUUUCUCUUGCAGUACACGUAGGCUACUUCUGAUUUGGUUCAGAGGAGGCCCAAUUUCCCACUCUAAAAAAAUAAACUAGGGCAUGUGUUAGAUUGGCAAACUAGAAAUAUGUUUGCAUUAAAUGCAUUAAUCGUGUUAUGUUCAUUGUUUGUUGUACAUGACUCAAAGAAAAUCCUGAUGAAUUAAACUAAUUCAUGUCAAUCCAAUGAGAAUGAGGUCCCUCAAAACAAUGACUCUGAUAUGGUUAGCUAUUGAGCAUGCUCCAAGCCUACCGGAUGCACAAAAAGUUCGUAGGAGUGGGACUUUCACCUAAUCGUUUGGCAUCCUUGAUAUUAAGGGUAAGUAAAUUCAGAUAUAUCUACAUGAAUUUAUUUAGUUCAAUAGGGUGAAUGAUAAAUAGUUAUUUGAAAUUUGAGACAUUUCUCAGGGGGUGUUUGUUACUGUUAGUCAUUCUUCAAUGUCCAGAGAAUCUGAAGUUAUUGCGCAACACGUAUCCGCGGGCUCAUAUGUUGCGUUUCCUGCCUAAGAAAUAAAUGUACAUGUAUGACUGCGUCUCUCUACAGUGUAUGUAACUAUAGAUAUUGUAAUACUUAUUCACAAAAUAAAUAUUACUUCUGUUGUAUUAACUUUUUAAAAUAAUAUCGAUUUUUUUACCAGAUACAUCACAAAAUAAAGCAGUGUCCUCGUGCUCUGAGAUUUGUAUGCACCUCCUCGACAAUACAUGAUAAGUUAAUAUUUUUGUCAUUAUAAUUAUCUGUUAUCAUAUUUACACUUGCGUUUUAAUGAUUUAGCUGAAAUGCCAUGUUAAAUAUUUUGUGCUAUCUACUUUUUAUUUUGUAUUUGAAGAAAUACGGUAUAUUUAUUUUUAUCAUUUGCUAAUGCAUAUUCUUAUUUUCAUUUCAGUGACAUAUGUGGCAUUGCAAACGUGUCGCCAGGGAGGGUAGUACGUACAAAUACUUAACAUUAUAAACUACAUCAUUAUAGAAGAAGCCAAAAUUAUCUGUGCAUACAGUUGAAGUCAGAAGUUUACAUACACUCUGGUUGGAGUCAUUAACUAGUUUUUCAACCACUCCACACAUUUCUUGUUAAAGCUUGGGAAAUCUUUUUGUAUCCAAAUCCGACUUUAAACUUCUUCACGACAGUAUCUCGGACCUGCCUGGUGUGUUCCUUGUUCUUCAUGAUGCUCUCUGCGCUUUUAACAGACCUCUGAGACUAUCACAGUGCAGGUGCAUUUAUAUGGAGACUUGAUUACACACAGGUGGAUUGUAUUUAUCAUCAUUAGUCAUUUAGGUCAACAUUGGAUCAUUCAGAGAUCCUCACUGAACUUCUGGAGAGAGUUUGCUGCACUGAAAGUAAAGGGGCUGAAUAAUUUUGCACGCCCAAUUUUUCAGUUUUUGCUUUGUUAAAAAAGUUUGAAAUAUCCAAUAAAUGUCUCUCCACUUCAUGAUUGUGUCCCACUUGUUGUUGAUUCUUCACUAAAAAAAUACAGUUUUAUAUCUUUAUGUUUGAAGCCUGAAAUGUGGCAAAAGGUCUCAAAGUUCAAGGGGGCCGAAUACUUU